CAAAAAAAGUCCUGAAAAUUUUGUUUUGUGCGACUUCCAUUCCAAAACAAAACAAAUGUUGAGGUUAGUUUUAACGUCAAAUGCAACUCCGAAUUUCGCUUCGCGCGCUCCGAAAAUGUUUGGGACAAUUGGGACAAUUUGAAUCCAAUCCAAUUCGAUACGAGCGGUCGUAUUGGAUUUGCCGUUUAUAUCGAGAAAAAUUAAACAAAUCCCAAUCUAAUGCGGUGAUGUAAAUGGCCUCAUAGAUUCUACCGGGAGAGCAACUCAAUCUAAAAAUCUAUAUUCGGAAAUUCAAUUCAUAUCAAAUAAUGAUUGAGCAGGAUCCGUAAAAUUAUUUUUUAUUCUAUGGGUUGUAAAUAUGUUUUACCUGCAGACAAUUUUAAUAUUAUUAGCAAUCUACAAUCCGGUUCGGAGCACCAGAUUUCGUAUAAAUGGAAGAAUCUGCGCUGUGCAAAACCAACAAUGCUUUAUUUCGAUUUGUCUCAAUGUCAACUAUAAUUUUUAAUUUUUUUACAUUUUUUUUACUAAACUGCAACAUGGGUGUAAAGAAAAUUUUAUUCUAUGAAACAUAAUAUUUCUUUCAACAUUAAUUCACAAAAUCACUGAUCAUUUUUGUACUUUUCAUUGCUCCAAAAAAUGUUAUACGGAAAACGCUAAAUAUCUAUUAAAAUUAGUUUAAUGCUUAAAUCUAAUUAAUUUCGUCAUAAAACAAGAAUUCUGAAAAUGAAACUCAGAAACAGAUAUUUUUAUUGAAUAGCAGACACAAUUUCAAUAAGCUGGAAUGUCUCUUAAUAGACUUAGACCACUGAACUAAAGGUAUCUCACUUUAUUACCUGGAGCUUCUUUAUCAGUCGCUCGUGUGAGUUCAGAGGGUUCAGAGAAUGAAUUUCAAACGCGAAAUCUUGCUGAGUCUCUUUCUGGGGAUUUUAGCGGAGUUUGUUGUGCAAGCUCUCGAAGAUGAAGCUAUUGUGAAUCUCCCCAAUGGGCCAAUACGAGGGGAAAAGUUCCCUAAAUUUUUCGCGUUCAAGGGAAUCCAAUAUGCGGAGUCCCCGGUGGGUGAAAAACGUUUUGAACCUGUGGGACUUUUCCGUGAAAAGUGGACAGAAGUGAAAAAUGCCACGGAAUUCGGAGCAGCGUGCAUACAACUAACUCAUUGUGGUUAUCCAGAGGAAAUGGUGUUACGGGGGGAAGAAGAUUGUCUCUUUCUCAAUGUCUACACAUCGAGUUUGGACAUUGAGAAAAAUCUCCCAGUAUUUAUUUAUAUUCAUGGUGGAGCUUUUAUGUUUGGUGGAACGUACUUCACUCCUGAUCCUUUUCUGGAAUAUCAAGAGGCCGUUUUUGUCUUUCUGCAAUAUCGUCUUGGGCCCAUGGGAUUUCUCAGUACGGAAGAUGAAGUUGUUCCUGGAAAUAUGGGACUAAAAGAUCAAGUAGUAGCUCUAAAAUGGGUUAAGGAAAAUAUACGUCUUUUUGGUGGGAAUCCAGAUUCAGUUACAAUUACGGGAAUGUCUGCUGGAGGUGCAAGUACUCAUCUUCAUUACUUCUCACCCCUUUCUAAUGGACUAUUUCACCGAGGUGUGUCUCACAGUGGAUGUGCUCUUAAUCCUUGGGUUAUGGUGGAAAAUGCCAAGAAGAAAGCUAUGGUAGUUGCUAAUUCAUUGGAAUGUCCAACGAAAAGUAUGAAGGAAAUGAUAGAGUGUCUGAAAACGAAACCUGCUGAAGAGGUUGUGAGAAGUGCUACUCUCUUCCUUCCAUGGCUCUACAAUCCAUUCUCGCCAUUUGGCGUAGUUGUGGAAAAGAAAGGAUCAAAUCCAUUCCUUCCAGGUCACCCGGAGGAUCUCCUAAAGAGUGGAAAAGUGUCUAAAUUACCUUGGAUUGUUUCUCUAACUGACUCUGAAGGCCUCUAUCCAGUUGCUGAUUUAGCGAAUCCUCCGUCGCGACUUGAUGAGCUCAAUGAAAGGUGGAACGAUUUGGCUGCAUCUGUUUUAGAUUUUUCUGGCACCGUUUCAGCCAAAGAUCAGCAAAGUAUAGCAAAGUUUGUGAGAAAUUUCUACUUCGGCGAAGAAGCAAUCUCUGAGAAAACUCUGGACAAACUCGUAGACAUGGUCAGCGAUAGACUCUUUGAUGCUGGUAUCAGCCUAGCUGCCCGACUACACGCUCAAUUUCCUAAAAAUCCGGUCUAUUUAAUUUAUUUUACGUUUCCUGCUGUAUUGGGGAUUCAGCACGCAUAUGCUCCAGGCUACACAUUCAAAGGUGCCGGGCAUGGCGACGACAUUGUAAUGAUAUACAAAUGGAAAGGAAGGGAUAUCCCACUGACAGAAAGGGAAAAGGCAAUGGUUAAGCUCUAUUCUGAAUUCUUUAUCUCAUACGCCACUCAGAAAAAGCCUCAAAUGGCAGAUGUGAGUCUAAUACCCAUCACUACGUUCGAAAGGAUGCCCUACCUUCACAUAAAAUCACCAGAUGAUAUCAGAAUUAAAAAUACUGAAGGAUUUGGAAAUGAGAGCUUUUGGUACACUCUUCCAAUUUCAGAAUAUAACAGAAGUACUCCCAAAAAGUCACAAAAGACAGAGCUAUAAAAAUAUAAGUAAACAUAUGAAGUAUCACCUUAUGUUUUAUCAGGUGUUAUUGAUAAGGUGGUUUGAUAUAAAAAAAUAUAAGUAAUAUCUCUGGUUGACGGCUCAGCAGUAGAAGAAUAAACAGAAUAAAAUAUUGCUAGUUGCAAAUUUAAUGAACCUUAUUCGUUCUAAUUUACUCUUCAAUAAAUUAUAGAGAUAACUUGUUUAUUUGUUUAUUAAUCGAACAAUUGUUCAGUGUUUGUUUAGUGUGAUAUUUUAAUAAAAAUUUGAAAAAUUAA